AGGAAUAUGUGAGUGUUGAGAGCGGCACCAACGCAGUCAACCUUCCCUGUCCUCUACAGGUCGUGGACGGGCGUCCGUACCGUCCCGCACCCAGUGGGUGUUGGCCAGAUCCUGUCUGCAGGCUGUGGGCGCCUCACACUCAUUAAGAAGGAACAUAACCCAUAUGCAAGUGAAGGGCUGACUGUAAGAUUCAACUGAAUUCACCUGAAUUUGUUCAAGAGGAUUUUUAACCCAAGCUACAGUAUAUCCAGAAAUUCUUCUGAUUACUUUGAGUUACUGUGCAUAGAAACUGUUAAACCAUGGCUUCCGAGGAUCAGGAACAGGACAAGGGUAAAUGGAUAAUAUACGAUUAUACAAGCCCAUCUUUGCCCUUCAGUGAUUGGCUGGAAGAGUGGACUCCCUCUAAAGUAAACAGAGAUGAUGGUGUUUCUUGGAUUUGUGUCCAAGGGAGCAAUGUUGACCUGUCGCAGGUACCAGAUGUUAAACUUUUAGAAGCAUGGCGAAACAUUGAGACGUCUGGGGAACCAAUUAAUUUACAGGUCAUAUAUGACCUAGCCAGAACAUUCCAGGAUACCUCUGGCAAAUGGCUCCUUCAUGUGGACACAGGGAUAAAAGUAGAUCGUAUUUGGAAGAAUAUUGCCUGUGGUAUUGUGGAGGGUAAACUUCCAGCAAAUUCUGCAAAAGUCAGUUCUUAUGCCGGUGUGCAACAUGCUGUAUGUAUUUACAAUAAUAACUUUACAGAUGAACAGGAAGUGUGUCAUCUAGAAAGAGGAAUACGAAAUAUUGGCAUAAAAUCCCAGCUCUCCUAUAAACCUGAAAUUUUCACGCACAUUGGAUUAUAUCGACAUAACAAUUGGAACAUCCGUCCAACCAUAUAUAAGAGUGAUUAUGAGCUCACUACCAAACAGUCAAUAAUCAAAACAAAUGAAGAGAGUCCCCGAACUCUAACGUAUUGAAUUUGAUUUAAUUUAAAUAAUUUUCAAUACAAUAAUGUGGAAAACCAUUCUUAGACAAUGAUGGUUGAGCACAAACCGAAACACCCCUGGAAACACAAACCGAAACUGUCUCUAUUUUCCGCUUGUUUCAACUUGUAAUAAAGUUGUUACAUCUUGGCUUAACGUGUUUAUGACGUAUUAGAACGUUGUUACAACUUGCUAUAUUGGUU